CAAUUACUCGUCCAACAACACUUGUUAUUUCAUAUCUGUGUGCUCCACUUCCAGGCAACAAAUUAAGAUGGCACGUUACUUGGUAGCACCGUGGCCUUCAGUCCUUCAUUUUCAUCUCAUUUUCUUAUUUUCUAUGAGCAUACUCAGCUUGCAACCUGAAAUCUGUCUCAGCAAUAGUAUGGGAAAUGUGACUGAUCGUAUUUCGCUUUUGGAGUUCAAAGCCAAGAUAGUCAGUGAUCCAUUUGGAAUCUUGAGCUCAUGGAACGAUUCUGUCAACUUCUGUCAAUGGCAAGGGGUUAUUUGUGGCCUAAAACACCACAGAGUAGUGUCUUUAAACCUGCAUGGGCUGAGCUUAUCGGGGACCAUAUCUUCAUAUACAGGGAACCUCACCUUCUUAAGGGUUCUCAACCUUAGUGACAACAAAUUUUAUGGGGAAAUUCCCCAAGAAGUUGGCCGUCUGUUUCGCCUAAGACAUUUCUACCUGAAGAACAACACACUGGGAGGACAAAUUCCAAUCAACAUCAGCUUUUGUUCAGAGCUCAGGGUUAUCAGUUUGGCCAUUAACCGCUUAGUGGGGGAAAUUCCUGCGGAGCUUGGUUCUUUAAAGAAGCUCGUGGCACUUCUCCUCGGUUCAAACAACCUUACGGGAAAGAUCCCACAUUCUGUUGGAAACCUUUCGUCCCUCCAAGGUUUCUUUGUAACAUAUAAUCAUAUGGAAGGAAAUAUUCCAAAUGAAUUGGGACGAAUAACAAGCUUAACUCAGCUUGGGAUGGGAGUCAAUAAUCUGGUUGGUUCAAUUCCUUCUACCCUCUACAACAUCUCAUCCAUCGUUGCGCUAUCUUUUACAGAAAAUCAAUUGCAUGGAAGGCUACCAGCAAAUAUAGGGCUCACUCUUCCUAACCUGCAAAUUUUUCAAAUCGGCGGGAACCAAUUCCACGGAAGUAUUCGCGAUUCAUUGACGAAUGCUUCUCAGCUUGAAAUAUUUGACAUAGCUAGCAACAGAUUCACAGGACAAGUCCCAAUCAAUCUCGGAGAUUUGAAUGGUCUUCAACGGCUGAACUUGGAACGCAAUUUUCUGGGCAACAAUUCAAGUCAGGAUUUGGCUUUCAUAACAUCUUUGUUAAACUGCAGCAAUCUCCAAAAACUAUAUCUUGCUGAUAAUAAUUUUGGCGGUGUAUUACCUAGCACUAUAGCAAAUAUGUCUACCCUUGGUGAUUUAGGCUUAGGAAUAAACCAAAUAUCCGGUAGAAUUCCAGCAGACAUUGGGAAGCUAGUCAAUUUGUAUAGACUAGGCAUGGAGGAAAACCAUUUUUCUGGCAGCAUUCCCAUUUCUUUCGGGAAGCUUCAAAAGCUGCAAAUAUUGUCUUUGCAUACAAACAUGUUGUCAGGACAAAUCCCUCAAUCCCUAGGUAUCCCAGAACUGCAACUACCGGCAUGUCCCAAGCAAAAGAAACACAAAAAAUCUCCUAUUGCCAUUAUUCUUCCAACAAUCUUCAGUUCAGUUGUGCUUUUCAUGACAAUAACAUCCUUAACGGUUUUCUACUGGCGAAAAUCAAAAAAAUCAAGAAAGAAUCCACCAUCCAGUCCUUUUAUUUUGGAUAAGCUUCUUCGAAUUUCAUACAAGGAGCUUCUCCAAGCAACUCAGGGAUUUUCUUCAGAGAACUUACUUGGACAAGGUAGUUUUAGCUCUGUAUAUAAAGGAAGUCUUGAUCUACGUGGUGAAAAGAUAGUUGCUGUGAAGGUAUUCAACCUUCAACAACACGAAGCUUCCAAGAGCUUCAUUGCUGAGUGCAGAGCAUUGGGAAACAUCAGGCAUCGAAAUCUUGUGAAGGUCUUGACAUACUGCUCUAGCAUUGAUUUUAAAGGCAAUGACUUCAAAGCUCUUGUGCUUGAUUUCAUGGCGAAUGGAAGUUUGGAAAUGUGGUUGCAUCCAAAAGAAGAUGGUAAUAAUUGGUCAAGGAAUUUAAACCUUCUUCAAAGGCUUCGUGUCGCCAUUGAUUUGUCAUUUGCAUUGCAUUACCUUCAUGACCUUUGUGAAACGCCAAUCAUUCAUCAGGACUGCCAAGCAACAUUCUCGCUUGACAAUGACAUGAUCGCUCAUGUUGGUGAUUUCGGAUUAGCAAGGCUCCUUUCCAAAACAACUAACACUUCUUCUCAAGGCCAAACAAGCUCCAUCGGGAUUAAGGGAACAAUUGGUUAUAUGCCUCCAGAAUAUGGAAUAGGUAGCGAGGCAACAAAAGAUGGAGACGUGUACAGCUUUGGAAUAAUUUUGUUGGAGAUUUUCACAGGACGGAGACCAACUGAUGAAGUGUUUACAGAUGGUUUGAAUCUUCACAAUUUUGUUAGGUCUAAGCUACCAGGACAAGUAAUGCAGGUUCUGGAUCCCAAGCUUAUUGCAACAGGAGAAGUGGGAGCAAAAGAAAUUGUUGAAGGCAAGGAGGGUGAUGAUGGUCAAACAGAAAUUGAAGAAAAUAAUUUCGAUGUCGAAAAUUUGAAAUCACCGGGAAGCAACAUGCAAAUUGUUGUAUCAGUUCUCAAAAUAGGACUCGCAUGUUCAGCAGAACAACCGGGAGAUCGAAUGAAUAUGAGAGAUGUCACAAGAAAACUAAACAUCAUCACAGAGGCUUUCUUUCGUGCAAGGACACUCUAAGAUUGAUGAAUGGUACACCACAAAUAGAGGAAGCAAUUGCAUCCAGGCCCCACUAACCUGGCUUGUGCACCUCACU